UUAUAUAGAAUAAAAAACCACGGCGAGAAAGAGCGGACAGGCGACUCGCGAGGGCAGGACACAGACGGAAGCCGGGGAAAUGGCCGAUGAUGACGUCCCCCAACCAUCUUCCCAGUACCGUCGAGAAGCGUUCAAGGCCUCAGGUUUUUGAGCCUCAACUCGAUUUGGUGGGGUGAUAGAAAGGUCUGACUAGGUUAAUGGAGCCAACUGUUUGCACCAACUAGUUGAUGACCGUCAAAACCAGUACAUGGAUCUAUUGAAGGACUUCUAUAAUCGUUACAUAAUACUUCUGCACAACGGAGGCGGCAACUUGCAGUUGCAGUAGGAAAAGAGAAACGAGAGGCCUUGAUACGGGCAAAACGCUUGUGCCGAGAAGCAUUUUUUGAAGAUAAUGAAGUUUCAUUGGAAAGGGACAUGGACACUGAUGAGGAAAAAACAAUUUUGGAUGCUCAAACUUCUCAAACUGUGGAUGAUCUAAAAUCUGCACUGACAUACCAUGGAAAGGGAGCUACACAAAAAAAGGUGGAAACGUUACGUGAGCUGAGGCGGCUGUUAUCGAAAUCUGAAGUCCCUCCUGUCAAAGCAGCUCUCCAAGCUGGAGUCAUUCCUCUCCUGGUGCAGUGCUUAGCUUUUGGCUCACCAGAUGAACAGUUGCUUGAGGCAGCUUGGUGUCUUACUAAUAUAGCUGCUGGGGACCCAGAAGAAACAAAGUCGUUAAUGCCCGCACUUCCUUUGCUUGUUGCUCACAUCGGAGAGAAGAGUUUGGUGGCCAUUGCUGAGCAGUGUGCUUGGGCUUUGGGAAAUGUUGCCGGUGAAGGAGAAGAGCUGAGAAAUAUUUUACUUGCACAAGGAGCUCUAUUACCUCUUGCACGUUUAAUGAUGUCUGAUAAAGGUUCCACUGCAAGGACAGCUGCAUGGGCGUUAUCGAAUCUCCUUAAGGGACCCCAUCCUAAAGCUGCAUCAGAACUGAUAAAAAUCAAGGGGGUAAUUGAUGCAAUUGUGCAACACCUAAGGAAAGAGGAUGAUGAGUUGGUGACUGAAGUAGCAUGGGUGGUUGUUUAUCUGUCAGCCCUUUCAGAAGUGGCUGUUGGUUUACUAUUAAAGAAUGAUGUUGCUCAACUCCUAGUCGGAAAGUUAGCUGCAUCUGAGAGUUUGCAGUUGCUAAUUCCGGUGCUUCGCAGUUUGGGUAAUCUUGUAGCUGCUGAUGGCUAUAUGACAGACAAGAUCCUAAUUGUUGGAUAUAACAUCACAGAACAAUUAUUAUCUGGGUUGAUAAAAUGUUUGAAAAACGAGCAUCGGGUCUUGAAAAAGGAAGCUGCAUGGGUUCUAUCUAACAUAGCAGCAGGAUCUAUCAAGCACAAGGAGUUGAUCUAUUCUAGUGAGGCAAUGCCUUUAUUGAUUCAUCUUCUAUUAAAUGCAACAUUUGAUAUCAGAAAAGAAGUAGCAUAUACUCUUGGAAACCUAUGUGUUGCCCCCUCAAAGGAUUUAGAACAGCCAAGCAUAAUUGUGCACCACCUGGUUUCACUCAUAGAACAUGGAUGCCUUCCUGGCUUUGUGCAUUUGGUUCGAUCUGUGGAUAUUCAAAGUGCAAGAUUGGGACUUCAGUUUUUGGAACUGGUUAUGAGGGGAAUGCCAAAUGGUGAAGGCCUAAAACUCGUCGAGGAGGAUGGAAUCGACGCAAUGGAACGAUUCCAGUUUCACGAGAAUGAAGAGAUCAGGAACAUGGCUAAUGGUCUAAUCGACAAGUAUUUUGGUGAGGACUAUGGCCUCGAUGAGUAAGAAGGCACUCACGUCACCUUCACUGACUUUUUUCUCGGGUUCUUUGGUGUUCUUGAUGUACAAAUUUAAGAGUUGCCAACUCUAAAUAAUGUUUUUAGAAUUCUUUUGUUGGCUCAAAAAUAGCGUACAAUUGACAGAAUACCAGGGGAUGUCUGUUUGUGGUGGUUUGAUUAAUUUAGAUUGUACUCUGGCGAAAUUGUGAUAAUAUUCUCUAAAGAUUUAAUAGCAUCUUUAAAGUA